CACUCCAUCUGACCGUUGUCUGACCGGCAAUGAAUUCUGAGAGGGAGAGAAGCCGGCCUGACCAACCGACCUCCGCCGUCUCGUCCCAUCCAACACCAUCUCCGAGGAGCCACCACUCCACUCCAACCACCACGCCCAGGCAGGCAGCCUUCUCGCCGCGUUCACACUCACUCACACGGCUAGCUCAGCUACCUGCGACAUCGUGGCUGUCGCGCGCUUCUCCCACUCUCCACCGAGCAUGCCACUCUCCGCCGGCUCACUGCGGCGGCGGCCCAAGUUCGCCGCGCCGCUGCUCUCGCCGGCCUGCCUCCACCGGCUGAGCGUCCCGGGCGAGUUCGCGGCGAGGCUGGACGACGACGACGCCGCCGGGGUCGGGGAGGAGGAGGAGGAGGAGAGUGGCCGACGGGCGGCGGCGGUGCUCGUGGUGGGCCCGCUCGGCAAGGUCUGGCGCGUGGAGCUGCGCCGCUCGCCGGCCGGCGACGGCGAGGCGUGGCUGGGCGGCGGAUGGUCGGAGCUCGCGGCGGCGCACGGGCUCGGCGAGGGGUGGGGCGUGGUGCUGAGGCUGGAGCGGCGCGGGGUGGCCUCGCUCAGGGUGUUCGACCCGGGCUUCUGCCUCGCGCGCUUCUGCACUCCUCACGCAGGUAUGAGAACCAAGGACAGGCCUCGCUUCAUCAAGCUGCUCCAACAGGAAGACCUGGAAAAGAUGAAAAUCCCUGAGAAGUUUGUGCAGCAACACCUGACUGAAACCUACACAAACAACCACCAGAAUGCCAUUAUUGUUUGCCCUCUUGGCAAGUUCUGGCGAGUCGAACUACAACGGGAGCAACCGGACGUGCUACUGCGAGACGGCUGGGCGCCAUUUCUGGCUGCUCAUGAUCUCUCCGAAGGCAACAUCCUGCUGUUCCGGUAUGAAGGUAACAUGGUGUUCACGGUUGAGGUGUUCCUACAGAACGGCUGCCUGAAGGAGUACAAAACGGCAGCGCUGUACUUAACUGAUGGUACCGAAGGACCGAGCAAUGCGCCUCAACAAAGUGCAGCAAAAGUUGGAGUUUCACCUGUCAAGCGGAAAAGGACGCGAAGAAUUGAGGGUACAUGCUUAGAGGGACCAAACAGGAAAUCUAGGGCUUCCCCAAUUUCCGUGAAGGUUGAACCACAUAAGAAACAUGUCAGCAUUGUGUCACAGAAUUCAUUCACAAAGGAAAUGACGGCCUAUAGUAUUCAUAGCCUACUUUCUGUGAGAGGCACCUUUUGCUCUCAAAUUGGUCUGCUAGAAGCCUGUGCGAUCACACUGAAGAUAUCCAUGAAGAAAAAAGGAUCUUGGCGAGUGGCUUUCAAAACAGCGAACACCUAUGGCUACAUAAAUGGACCAGGUUGGAGAAAAUUUUGCCUGGAAAAUGAGGUAAAAGAAGGUGAUCGCCUCACCUUCAACGCCAUUGAAACAACGGUCUGGCAUGUUGUUAUUGUGCAUUGCUAGCACAAAAAAUGAAGAACGCGAAAAAAUAGUCCCACUACUUUGCCUAGCAAUGCCAAUCCCAGUUGUAGGUUUGAAAAUAUGUGGUAGAACAUAUCACUGAAAACCAGCUGUAUAUAUCGGUAGCCCAGUUAGAUAAGUCUGAACAAUGGUUUUGUUGAAUGUUGGUACGCCAGUAGACGUAUCAUGUACUGAAAUACGUAGUACUGAUCUCUUUACUUGUCCCGUACCAACCUUCUGCAGUUCUGCUUCUGCCAA